AUGUCUUUAUCUGCUGAUGAAUAUAAGCAACAAGGUAAUGCUGCCUUUGUAGCUAAGGAUUAUGACAAGGCCAUUGAUUUGUUUAGUAAGGCCAUUGAUGUUUCUGAACAACCAAACCAUGUUUUGUACUCCAACAGAUCAGCUUGUUAUACUUCUUUGAAGAAGUUUGUUAAUGCGUUGAAAGAUGCUGAAGAAUGUGUCAAGAUCAAUCCAAGUUGGUCUAAGGGUUAUAACAGAGUUGGUGCUGCCCAUUUUGGUAUGGGUGAUUUAGAUGAGGCCGAGGCUGGUUAUAAGAAGGCUUUGGAGUUGGAUGCUUCUAACAAGGCUGCUCAAGAAGGUUUGGAACAGGUCCAUAGAACUCAGGAAUCCAGAAGGGGUAUGCCAGAUAUGGGUUUGACUCAGAUGUUUAAUGAUCCAAAUUUGAUUGAGAACUUGAAGAAAAAUCCAAAGACCGCAGAAAUGAUGAAGGAUCCUCAAUUAGUUGCAAAAUUGAUCCAGUACAGAUCUAACCCUCAAGCUAUCAGUCAAGAUUUGUUCACCGAUCCAAGAUUGAUGACUAUCAUGGCUACUUUGAUGGGUGUCGAUUUGAAUAUCGGUGAUUUGAACUCUUCUAACUCUAUGCCUUCACAACAAGCUGAUGCUACUGCUCCAGCUGCCACUCCAGCUGCUGAAAAAGAGCCAAAGAAGGAAGAAACUCCGGUUAAGAAGGAGGAACCUGUUGUCCAAGCUGAUGAGCCAGAACAAAUGGAUGUUGACUCAAAUGAAGAUGAAAACGCCAAAAAAAGAGCAGAAGCUGCCAAAGCUGAAGGUAACAAACUAUACAAAGCUCGUCAAUUCGAUGAAGCCGUUGCUAAAUAUAACGAAGCUUGGGAAGCUCACAAUGACAUCACUUACUUGAACAACCGUUCUGCUGCUGAGUUCGAAAAGGGUGACUAUGAAACCUCAAUCAAAACUUUAGAAGAAGCUGUUGAAAAAGGUAGAGAAAUGAGAGCAGACUAUAAAGUUAUCGCCAAAUCCUUUGCUCGUAUGGGUAAUUGCUACACCAAAUUAAAUGAUUUGAAGAAAGCUAUUGAUUUCUACAAGAAAUCUUUGACCGAACAUAGAACUCCAGAAAUUUUGUCAAAGUUAAGAGCUGCUGAAAAGCAAGUUAAAAUUCAAGAAGCUGAAGACUACAUCAAUCCAGAAAAGGCUGAAGAGGCUCGUCUAGAAGGUAAAGAUUACUUUACAAAGGGUGACUGGCCAAAUGCUGUUAAAGCUUACACUGAAAUGAUCAAGAGAGCUCCAGAAGAUGCUAGAGGUUACUCCAAUAGAGCUGCUGUCUUAUCAAAGUUGAUGUCCUUCCCAGAAGCCAUCGACGAUUGUAACAAAGCUAUUGAAAAAGAUCCAAACUUUGUAAGAGCAUACAUCAGAAAAGCUACUGCCCAAAUUGCUGUCAGAGAAUUCUCCUCUGCUUUGGAAACUUUAGAUGCUGCUCGUAGUAAGGAUGCUGAAGUAAACAAAAGUGCCAACACAAGAGAAAUCGACCAACUAUACAUCAAAGCAUCUCAACAAAGAUUCCAACCUAAUGACAGUAAUGAAUCUCCAGAACAAACAUAUGAAAGAGCUAUGAAAGAUCCUGAAGUUGCUGCCAUCAUGCAAGAUCCAGUGAUGCAAUCUAUCUUACAACAAGCUCAACAAAACCCUGCUGCAUUACAAGAGCAUAUGAAGAAUCCUGAAAUUUUCAAGAAGAUUCAAACUUUGAUUGCUUCUGGUAUCAUCCGUACAGGUCGCUAA